CCAGGAGGAGCCCCGGCGCAGCAGGACCCCGGAGACCGGGAUCCAGAAGGAACCGCAGGAGAGACCAGUCAAGGUUCUGAAACGACUCGAAGAAAUUGACAGAUCUGGAUGGCCACGCCCGACAGGAGAGUGGUCUCCAGACCCCGGGGACCUGGCUGGGGGCACCAGGGGAGCGGGGCCUGCCUGGGCUCCCUGGACGACCUGCCGCGUGAGGGGACCCAGGAGCUGGCACCGGCACAGCUGACCAUGCUGAGGAAGGCACAGGAGUUCUUCCAGACCUGUGAUGCCGAGGGCAAGGGCUUCAUCACCAGGAGGGAUAUGCAGAGGCUGCAUGAGGAGCUGCCCCUCAGCCUGGAGGACCUGGAGGAUGUGUUUGAUGCCCUGGAUGCUGACGGCAAUGGCUUUCUGACCCCAGCGGAGUUCACCACUGGAUUUAGUCACUUCUUCUUCAGCCAGAAGAAGCCGAGUGAGGAAGAUGGAGCUGAGCACCUGGCCCAGCUCCAGGAAGAGAAGGUGUAUCAGACCAGAGGGUGUGAGGAUCUGGGUGACAUGGACGGAGAUGAGGAAGGCCAGUUCCAGAUGCUGAUGGACAGGCUUGGAGCCCAAAAGGUUUGGCAAGAUGAAAAUGACGUCAAGCAACUCUGGCUGCAGCUGAAGAAGGACGAGCCUCACUUACUGUCCAACUUUGAGGAUUUCCUGACCAGAAUCUUCUCGCAGCUCCUAGAAGCCCACGAGGAGAAGCAUGAGCUGGAGUGCGCCCUGAAAAGGAAAAGUGCUGCCUAUGAUGAAGAGAUCCAGCACCUCUACGAGGAGAUGGAACGGCAAAUCAAAAGCGAGGAAGAGCAGUUUCUCCUGAAGGACACGGAGAGGUUCCAGGCGUGCAGUCAGGAGCUGGAACAGAAGCUGUUCUCCAAGGAGCAGGAACUGGAGCGGCUCAUCCAGAAGCAGAAGCGGCUGGAAGGCCAGUGCACCGCCCUGCACAACGACAAGCAUGAAACCAAGGCUGAGAACACCAAGCUGAAACUCACCAACCAGGAGCUGGCCGGGGAGUUGGAGCGGACAUCCUGGGAGCUGCAGGAUGCCCAGCAGCAGCUGGAAAGCCUCCAGCAAGAGGCCCGAAAACUCCACCAGGAGAAGGAGAUGGAAGUGUACCGCGUCACGGAGAGUCUGCAGCGGGAGAAGUCAGGGCUCCUGAAACAGCUGGAUUUCCUAAGGGAAAGGAACAAGCAUCUUCGGGAUGAACGGGACAUAUGUUUUCAGAAAGACAAGGCAGCCAAGGCAAACACAGCUGCUUCCAAGGCAAGCCAGAAGCAGCGAUCUGGCUCUGUGAUCGGCAAAUACGUGGAUGGCGGAGGGGUGCUCAGAAGCCAGUCAGAGGAGGAGGAAGAUGUGUUUGGCAUCCUGCGGAGGAGAAGCUCCCUGGGCCUGAGUGGGCACCCCCUUACAGAAGAGGGGCCGGGGACCGGGGGUCUGCUCUCCCGGCCGCUCCGCAGAAUCAUCUCCAUUGAAGAGGACCCGCUGCCCCAGCUGCUGGGGGGCGGCUCUGAGCAGCCACUGGGCCAAUGCCCGGAAGAAGGGGAGGCCUCCGACCAGGGGGCGGAGGGACAAAUCGGGCCGUCCCGACCUCUGGAACUCAUGCCUGCGUCUCCCCGAGGGCAGCCCGUCGGAAAAGAGACCCCGUCUGAGGAGGAAGGCUCUGUGUCCACCCCAGACCGGCUCUUCAAGGUCGUGUUUGUGGGCAAUUCCUCCGUGGGGAAGACGUCCUUCCUGAGCCGGUUCUGCGACGGCAAGUUCUCCCGGGGUUCAGCAGCCACCAUGGGCAUCGAUUACCGCAUGAAGACCGUGCGUGUGGACGACUCGCGGGUGGCCCUGCAGCUGUGGGACACGGCGGGGCAGGAGAGGUAUCGCUGCAUCACCCAGCAGUUCUUCCGCAAGGCCGACGGCGUCGUGGUCAUGUACGAUCUCACAGCCAGGCAGUCCUUCCUGGCCGUGCGGCCGUGGCUGAGCAGUGUGGAGGAAGCUGUGGGAGACCGCAUUCCCGUUCUUCUGCUGGGCAACAAAGUUGACAACGAGAAGGAGCGGGAAGUGCCGCGGGGCCUGGGAGAGCAGCUGGCCCAGGAGCACAACCUGAUCUUCUACGAAUGCAGUGCCUAUUCCGGUCACAACACCCAAGAGUCCGUGCUCCAUCUGGCCAGGAUCCUCAAGGAACAAGAAGACACAGUGAGGGAGGACACCAUUCAGAUUGACCGCCCCGCCAAGAAGAAAGCCUGCUGCGGCUGAUACAGGUCCCCUAGGACUCCCACCCAGGCCUGAGGCCACAGGGCCUACCCUGCCUCCUGCACAGAUGCCCUCACCAGGGCCCACCCAGACCUUUAUCCUUGUCAGCGAUGUUCCCCCCCCCAAAGGAAGGAAAACACAUCCCGUCAGGAAAGCUGCUCUUGGAGCCUCUUGGGGUCUUUCUCCCCCUUCUCUGUCUAGACCCAGUUGCCUAUUCCUUUCUUGUUUCUCCCCCCAGCUUGGUUUCCUGGGGAGACAACAGAUGGGCUUUUCCAGAGAAGCCACCACGUGCCUUUCCCACCUCCCUUCUCGCCCCCUGCCCUUAGGAGCCUCAGCACUGAGGUUGCCAUGGCAACUAAGCAAGGCAGACUUGCUGCUUCCUGUAGGCCAAAGCCACAGCACUGGGGCAGCUGGUCUGGCCUCGGAGCCUGUUCUCUGGAUGGCAGUGGGAUACCCUUGGCAGGUGCUUCGUGGACGUUGAGAUGCCCACAGGUGUUGAGAAGAGCACACCGGGGCACCUGCAUCCUGUCCCAGCCUCUCCCCGCGCUGGUCCUGCUCCUUCCCAAGCUCCCGGGUCCCUCCUCUCUCAGCAGCCACCAUGCCUCCAGUGUUUGUGCCCUGGGUUCUCUGGAGCCGCGCCUUCCAAAAACCACAGCCUUUGCUCCCCGCCGCCCACCCAGACCCCCGACGCGAAGCUGGAGCGUGGGUGACAAAUGUGCACCUGGGGUCAGCGAGUGGCUUCUAACUGCUUGACUUUGACUAGGAGACGGAAAGAGAGCCAGGGCGACAAAGCCACCUGUUGCUGAGCAGAGAGGCCAUGCCUGAGGGUACAAAUAAGGGUAUAUAGCUAUGUAAGAGCCAUUUUCUAGAUGUUUCUCAAGAUAGCUCUUCAAAAUUUGUACAUGAUGAAUUAACAGGGUAGAUUGACAGGCGGGCAGGGGGGCCCAACACCAGGUCCGCAGUUACUGAUUUCACUUUAUGUUACUUUUUUCUAGAAGGCUCUAUUUUCUUUUUAAAGUGUGGCUGUGAUGUUGACACUUUGCUGGGGUCUGAGCGUGAACAGAGGGUAGCUGUCGGCCUUGGCACCCCUGUGAGGGCCCCGGCACAGGGCACUUGGAUGGAGGGGACUGAUCUGGGCCCGUGUGUGGGCCCGUGCGCUAGGUGGUGAGGUCCCAACCCCUGGCAGCGCUCCAGCGUCCCUGGCUGGUGUCCAGUGGGUUGGCAAGGGCACUCUUGCCCUGGCUGGGGGUUUGAAUGCAAUGAUCAUAAACAUCACUGCCUAUGACCAUUCUAGGGCUAGACCCAGGCCCCCCGUAGGAAAUCGGGUGAUGUCCAUGUGCGGUGGGGCAUGCAGGAAGGAAGGGAGCAGAGAGUAUCCACGGGCCUCCAAGAAAGUGAUUCAAGACACCUGCACACAGCCAGCCCGACCGCGGGGCGGGAGGGAAAGCCACUGGCCAGAGCUCCCAAGGGUAUUCCUGUGGCCUCUUUCCCAAACCAGCCUCAGGGUCAGAACCCAUGGGCCACAAGCAAGCGGCAGCCGCCGCGUGCAGACUUUCUCUCUCGUCCAGCCUUCGUAGGCCCCUGGGAGCCCACAGAGGUGGGGGACAAAAGCAGCACUGGGCACCAGGAGGUGCCCAGGACCUUGGGCAAGCCUGCUCCCUCCCGGGCCCCCGUCGCAUCAGUAAAAUAAGGGGUGGGCUGUUUCACGCUUCAGGUUCUUCCUGUUCAGAGGGCUUGUGUCUAACUUAUGCUGGCCCCCAGUCCGGGUGUGAAGGGACCCACAGGCAGCUCCUUUCCCUAAGAGAGGGCACUGCUGAUGGUCUCACUAGUGGGAUGGGUCACCCAGAAGUGGCUCUCCAAUGUCAGUGUGUGUGCAUGUGGAGGGCAGGUAGAAGAGAGGGGACAGCG